CGCUUCUGCCAGCAACCAUGUCGGAGGCUUAUUUCCCGGUGGAGUCGGGCGCGCUGGGACCUGAGGAGAACUUCCUGUCCUUGGACGACAUCCUCAUGUCCCAGGAGAAGCUGCCGGUGCGCGUGGAGAAGCCCAUGCCGCGUCUGGGCGCCUUCUUCCUGGAGCGGGGCGCGGGCGCCGACUCGGACCAGGCGCUCCCGCAGGGUACGAAGCUGGAGUUUCCCUUGUGGCUGGCUAAAGGGCUCUUUGACAACAAGUGGCGCAUCCUUUCCGUGGAACUUCCCAAGAUGUACCAAGAGGGAUGGAGGACUGUGUUCAGUGCAGAUGCUAACGUUGUGGACCUCCACAAAAUGGGGCCCCACUUCUAUGGGUUCGGCUCCCAGCUUCUGCACUUUAACCAUCCAGAGAAUACAUCUAUCUCCCAGUCUCUGCUGCAGACUUUUAUUGGCCGGUUCCGCCGCAUCAUGGACUCCUCCCAGAAUUCUUACAAUGAAGACACAUCUGCACUGGUAGCCAGGCUAGAUGAGACAGAGAGAGGCUUAUUUCAAAUAGGGCAGAAAGGACUGAAUGACUUCCAGAGCUGGGAGAAGGGUCAGGCUUCUCAGAUCACGGCAUCCAACCUCGUUCAGAAUUACAAGAAGAGAAAAUUCACUAAUCUGGAAGACUGAAGGCGGAACAGAACUGCAGCUUGUGGGUCUAUUGCUGUGUCCCUGAGAAGACCAGUUAGCUUCAUGGGUGACCCAACUACUGCCGCAGGACUUUUAACCCUCAGCAGUCUCCAAACUUGGAAACAUCUGGUUGGUGGCAGAUGUGGAUGCUUUUGAUCCUAUUGGUUUUCCUGGACUUUAGUUACCUGCUGUUCCACAGCAUGGGCCUUUUGACUCAAGACUGCAGCUGAGGAUGAGCUGGUCUUAAAUAAGGGUCAUGGACAAAUACAAAGUCAAGGAGGAACUAGGAUUCCUCAAGUGUCUGGUCUCCUUGGCUGCAAAGGACAAGUACAAAGUGGGCCAUCUCUGCCUGUUCACAAAUUUCUCUUAAGCUGAUUUGCCUUACCUUCCUCAUGGCUGGACAAAGAACGGCACCCCCACCAUGCUGCCUGCCUGCUGGGACUUACCCCAGUUCCCAAAACAGGAAACUGGGAGGGAAAGGGAAAGUCAGAUGGAUGGCAUAGCAGAAAGGAGGAGACAUUGAGCUUCUGUGCCCUGUAAUCAGGGCUUUUGAGCUAGAACCACAUCCCUUCAGUCCACCCAGAGGGGCCACGUUCCUGUGUUUGCCAGUGAUCUCUGGAGCACUGGCACCACACGUCUUCCGUUCCCUGUCUAGAAGAGCUGUCAGGGAGGUGCCAGGAGUUGAAAAGUGGUUAUUAACUGAGUGUUUGCCAGUAAUGUUUGCACCAGGGGCUUACACUGAAAAACAGCCUGGCAAGUGUUAGUAGGGAAGACGCCUUUACAUUUUUUUCUCCAGGAAAUAUUACAACAUUAGUGCAAAGAGGACCCCUGACCACUUACUGGAAAUGUGUUUAAAACUGCAUCAAAUGGAGGGGUGAGUUCUCCAGACCCUAGGCUGUCACUGUCUAAAACCUCAUUUCCUAGGGCCGUUUGGACUGUCUAAUGGGCAGCUUUUUCACACCACUGACCACCCUGGCAUCCUACAGCUACUGGAAAAUAUCUUCAUUGUAAUUUGGAGAGAUUUGGGUGUCCAGAUCCCACAGAUAUUUUAAUGGAUACUUAAAAUGACAGAGGUGCAUUUAAAUACCUGUCUUUAAUACAUGAAAUUGCUUUUAUUAUUUGACUUCAUUCUAAAUAAAUGAUGGACUUUGCAUUUUGUACAUGUGUUGUCUAACUGCAAGGCUGGCGGGCAUCAGCAAACCAUCUAAGGACAUGUUCUUUGAUCGUAUUUGAUUGUAAUGCUCACAUCUGUGUUUCAACAACUGCACUUGUAUUUGUACAGUAUGCAGAAAUACCAGGAGCGUUCUCUGGGAGUGUGCUAGACCCUAUAAAAAUGACACGUCAUUCCUACCACGGCUUUUAUGCAUACUUAGGGCCCACAAACCAGGGUGCAAAGAUUAUAUUAGCUUAGCUUUUGGCAGCUCUGCUUUCAAAGGUAGCUUUGUUUUUAAAGAUAAUACUGAGACUGCUAAUAUAUUUCU